AUGAAGUGGUUAUCUUUAGCGUUAGCGACCUACGUCGGGCUUGUCACAGCUCACGGUGAUCAUGCCAUCCCACACGUGGUAGGAGGACGACAAAUUCUUGCCGAGCUUCGGGCACGCGGUGUACUCGGCAGCCACGAUCAUCAUGCACGAAAUGUAGAGGCCGCCCCCGCAGCCUCUCACAACAGAAAAAAGCUCGCCAGCCGCCAGAAUAACGCUCCUAAUACCAGUGGUCAAUGUGGUAAAGGCUUUGGAUCAUGCGCAGAUGGAUACUGCUGUUCUCCUGCCGGAUGGUGCGGUCAGGGCCCGGCGUAUUGCAAUGCACCAGACUGCCAGAUCAACUACGGCCCGGCCUGUGACGCCCUGAAGAAGCCCAGCGGCACUGAUACAACCAGCAUCGCAAGACCGCACGUCGGCAAGGUGGCGUAUGGUGGUCUCGGUAUCUACGACUGUAAAUACCAAAUGGUUGCCACUUUUUUCGUUACGGGCACAAACAACGGCAAGGGCAUGAUCAACGACCGCAGCCUGCCCUGGGCUGGCUAUAUCCAGCGCAUGGUUGCCGAGGGCCACCAAGUCGCCAGCCAUACCUGGUCUCAUCAGAAUGCCAGCGAGUUGACUAAUAGCCAGUACAGACAGCAAAUCAACUACAACGAGAUUGCCAUUGCUGACAUCAUUGGCUACUUUCCAACUUACAUGAGGCCUCCUUACUCCAUCUGUGGAAGCAUGUGCCAAUCGCUCUUGAGCGACCUCGGAUAUCACGUCAUCUACUUUGACCUGGAUACAGAAGGCUACCUUCAUGACACGCCUGAACAAGCUCAGAUUGGUAAGGACAUCUGGGACAAGGCUGUUGGGCCAGCCGACCCUGCCUCGACGAGUUUCCUCCACAUCGAGCAUGACCUGCAGCAACAGACCGUGUACAACUUGACAGAGUACUUCCUCAAGUCCAUCAAGGCCAAAGGAUUCAGGAGCGUGCCUGUCGGUGUGUGUCUUGGCGACCCCCCGGCCAACUGCGACUUCGACCUCGUCCGCAUCGGCUACUCCCGGCGGCGGCCUAGCAGUCAGCACCGAUGCAUCUUGCGGUAACGGAAAAACCUGCCAGGGAUCAGUGUUUGGCAACUGCUGCAGCCAACACGGCUGGUGUGGCAGCUCCUCGGAUUACUGUGGCGAUGGAUGCCAGUCUGCCUUCGGUACCUGUUCCAACGCUGUAAGCUCCAGCAUGACCUCCGUGACUACAUCUUCUAGCACAUCCUCCAGCAGCUCGACCGCGUCUUCAUCCGCUUCAAGUUCCUCUUCAGCAUCCGCUUCCUCCACCACCGUCUCUGGCGCUUCUGCUUCCUCCAGCGGACUGAGUACCUCUACUUCUACCAUCCUUCCCUUGGGCACCUCUUCCAUGGACACCACUUCCUCUACCACAUCGAGCAUGUCUGCAUCUGUCAGCUCGUCCACCACGGGAGACGGCACCACUUCUACCAGUGCCUCUUCCUCAGCCACCACAUCUAGCACAGUUUUGUCUUCCAGCCCUACCACUUCUACUUCAUCAAACGGUCCUACUUCUAGUAGCGACUCCGAUUCCGCUAGCGUUUCGGCCGCUAGCACGUCUAGCACAUCCUUGUCGUCCAGCUCUACAACCUCUUCUAGUUCAGAAAGCACUUCUGCCUUGACAAGCACUUCAGUUGUUGCCACCUCUAGCACUUCCAGUUCCACAAGCAUUUCAGUUGCUACCAGCUCCAGCACUUCAGAUGUUACCACUUCCAGCACUUCUUCGUCUUCUAGCACUCCUACACCUACAGACAGCUCGACGAGCACCUCAUUGUCCUCCAGUGCAACAAGUUCAUCAUCUUCCCAGGCCAGUUCUUCAUCGACCAGCACUCCUAGCACAUCAUCCUCGUCUACCGGAUCUUCCAGCACCACCUUGUCCAACAAUGCUGCCUUUGCUGCAACGAGCUCCUCUAGUGCCAGCCUUACCACGUCUUCUACCGGCUCAAGCCUGACGAUCACCCAGGGAAAUAGUGUGACGACCAGCAGCUCCGCUAGUGCUUCUACUUCGUCUUCUCCUUCUUCUUCCUCUAGCACCUCGUCUGGGGUUGGAACUACCAGGUCUAGUUCGUCUUCAUCUUCGAGCACUACCAGGUCUAGUUCGUCUUCAUCCUCGAGCACGUCCAGGUCUAGUUCCAGCUCGACCACCACCGCCCGGUCUUCGUCAACCACUAGUUCCAGGUCGUCUUCGACCACUAGUUCUAGCUCUAGCUCUAGGUCUUCUUCGACGACCAGCAGCAGGACAACCAGCACCACCAGCAGAACGACGGCGGCGGCCCCAGCACCCACUGCUAUCCGGGUCAGCACCAACGGAAGCUGCGGCAAGUCCUUGGGCAUGACUUGUGAAGGAUCCAAGUAUUCUCCUUGCUGCAACAGCAACAACAAGUGCAGUUGGGAUUGCAUUUUGGGAUGUCAAAAGGGUUACGGGCUAUGUCUUUGGUAG